AUGGCCAGUGACGUAGACCUCGGGGUUCGGCAUAAGCCUGUCCACGAGAAAGCUGUCGGAACCGCUCAUAAGAUGUUAGUCAUAGGCACUGAAAAGGGUAGUCUUAUUGGCAUUGGUUUGGAUAGCAAUCAAAAGUUAUAUGAAUUGCCCAACAAUUCAGCCGUAAAUGUGUGUCGUUUUGUGGAUGAAUACAGUGUAGUGUUUGGUCAACAAAGCGGUGAAAUACAGUUAAUUGAUGUGAGAUAUAGUGAUAAAGUUGUCAAAUGUUGGCAAACGAGUGGUUCACCCGUUCUGUCACUUCUUGCGUUCAGACAUAAGCAGAGGAAUGGAUUCUUCGCGGGUCGAGCGGACGGAUCCACUGUUUAUCACUAUUUAGACUCAGAUUCAGAGACUUUUCAGUUGAGUGGACCUGAUUUCGAGGCCAUCUAUGAUGUGGCCACUGAUGGCACGCAUGUGUUCACCGCCUGUAGAGAUCAUUGUAUCCGUAAAUAUGAUCUCAACGUUAUUACUAACUCU